AUGGCGGUAAAUAGGAUCAAAGGGGCCUUUGCGGUACCCAGAAAGGGCGAAACAUUCGAGUUGAGAGCAGGGCUAGUCUCGCAAUAUGCAUACGAGCGCAAGGAGGCGAUUCAGAAGACCAUCAUGUCUAUGACCUUGGGCAAAGAUGUGUCAGCUCUGUUUCCUGAUGUGUUGAAAAACAUUGCUACAUCAGAUCUGGACCAGAAGAAGCUUGUUUAUUUAUAUUUGAUGAAUUACGCCAAAUCACAUCCGGACCUCUGUAUUCUGGCGGUCAAUACCUUUGUACAAGACUCCGAGGAUCCCAAUCCUUUGGUACGGGCACUUGCUAUACGGACAAUGGGGUGUAUUAGGGUGGAUAAGAUGGUAGAUUAUAUGGAGGAACCUUUGCGGAAAACAUUACGAGACGAGUCGCCUUAUGUACGGAAAACGGCUGCGAUAUGUGUUGCGAAGCUCUUUGAUCUGAACCCGACGAUGUGCUUAGAAAACGGAUUUCUAGAAACACUCCAGGAGAUGAUAGGAGAUCCAAAUCCCAUGGUAGUCGCAAACUCUGUCACAGCCCUGGCAGAGAUCAACGAGGCGGCUCCAGAAACCAAGGCUCUCCGAGUGACGCCCGCAGCGCUAAAGAAGAUGUUGAUGGCUUUGAACGAAUGCACAGAGUGGGGUAGAGUUACAAUACUCUCAACCCUCGCCGACUACAGGGCUACAGAUAUGAAAGAGUCAGAGCAUAUUUGCGAAAGAGUUUCCCCUCAAUUCCAACAUGUCAAUCCAAGCGUGGUGCUGGCAGCUGUGAAAGUAGUCUUCCUCCACAUGAAGUAUGUCAACGCAGAUCUCACGAAGCAAUACUUGAAGAAAAUGGCACCACCACUGGUGACCCUUGUUGCAUCAGCGCCAGAAGUUCAAUAUGUUGCAUUACGGAACAUCGAUUUACUACUCCAAGCCAAGCCAGAUAUCCUAAGUAAAGAGUUACGAGUAUUCUUCUGCAAAUACAAUGAUCCCCCAUAUGUCAAGCUUCAGAAGUUAGAGAUCAUGGUGCGGAUAGCAAACGACAAAAACGUCGACCAACUUUUGGCCGAAUUAAAAGAGUAUGCCUUAGAAGUCGACAUGGAUUUUGUCCGGAGAGCAGUCAAGGCCAUUGGUCAAGCAGCUAUCAAGAUCGAGAGCGCCAGCGAGAAGUGUGUCAACACGCUUCUUGAUCUAAUUGCUACAAAAGUCAACUAUGUUGUCCAAGAGGCAAUUGUGGUCAUUAAGGACAUCUUCCGAAAGUACCCUGGUUAUGAAGGUAUUAUCCCAACUCUUUGCAAAUACAUCGAUGAAUUGGAUGAGCCUGAAGCACGAGGUGCCUUGAUUUGGAUCGUUGGAGAAUACGCCGAGAAGAUCAGUAAUGCGGACGAGAUCCUUUCUGGUUUUGUUGAAGGAUUUAUGGAAGAGUUUACACAAGUUCAACUCCAAAUCCUGACCGCAGUGGUUAAGCUGUUCUUGAAGAAGCCGGACAACAAUCAAAGUUUGGUGCAGAAAGUUCUUCAACAAGCCACAGCCGACAACGACAACCCGGACAUCAGAGACAGAGCAUAUGUUUACUGGCGAUUAUUAUCAGGUGAUUUACAAGUAGCAAAGAACAUCAUUCUCUCAGACAAACCCCCAAUUACGACAACGAUGUCAUCUCUUCCACCUCAGCUCCUCGACCAACUUCUUACAGAACUCUCUACCCUAGCCUCAGUCUACCACAAACCACCUGAGACAUUUGUCGGUCAUGGCCGUUACGGCGCCGAUGCCAUACAGCACGCAGCCAUUCAAGAACAGCGUCAAAACGCCGUCGACAACCCAAUUGCAGCUGCCGUCGUCGGCCAGAAGAAUAACAACGAAAAUCUCCUCGACAUCGAUUUUGAUGGCGCAGCUCCAGCUUCAGCGGAUGCUCCUCCAAGCAGUGGUGCUUCGGGCUUGGAAGGGUUAGCCGGUACGCCACAGCGGGUGGCAAGUCCUACGGCUGGAGCAGCGGGUGCAAGCAGUAUGGAUGACAUGGUGGGAUUAUUUGAUAUGAACGGUAGUAGUUCGAGUGCGGCGCCAACGGGACAGAAUGAUUUGAUGAGUGGGUUUGCGGGUCUAGAUAUGAGCGGUGCGAGUCAGCCUCCGCCGCCACAACAGCAACUUGAGAGUGGGGGCAAGAAGACGAAUGAGGAUUUGCUAGGAAUGUUCUAG